GCGAGAGGACACGUUGCUCAGCUCAGGCCGGCAGCAGCAGCAGCAGCGGCGGUGGGGCCAAGGACCAGGCGCGGGGCCGGGGAGACGAGACGAUGCUGACCGACAGGAUACUGGAGGAGUUCGAGCGGCGGGAGGAUCCGCGGUUCCAGCAGCGGCGGGAGAUGGAGCACGACCUGCAACUAGCGGCAGAGCUGGGCAAGGCGCUGCUGGAUCGCAACACGGAGCUGGAAGAGGCCCUGCAGCAGAUGUACAGCACCAACCAGGAGCAGAUCCAGGAGAUCGAGUACCUCACAAAACAAGUGGAGUUCCUGCGGCAGAUGAACGAACAACACACCAAGGUUUACGAGCAGCUUGAUGUGUCGGCGAGGGAGCUGGAGAUGACCAACCAGAAACUGGUCGUGGAGGGCAAAGCUUCGGAGAAUAAGAUAGCCAGUUUGACUGAGACGGUGGACAGCCUGCAGUCCCAGGUCGACGACCUCCAGCAGCAGAUGGAGGAGUUGAAGACCAGUUCGCGGCAGGAGCUGCUGGAGCAGCGACGGUUGGCACAGAGCUUCCCCUGCCUGACCGAGCUGUACGACUCGCACACGUCUCAGUCACAGGUCCAUGCGUUGGAGGAGGAGGGGUCCCGGCUGCGGCGCUGCGUGUCUGGGCUGCGGGCUCAGCUGUGUACGGAGCGGCGGAGAGCAGAGGGGCUGGAGCAGGAGCGUCUGCAGGUGCUGCGGGAGUGUGGCGGGCUGCAGCGGGGAGUGGCCACCAUGCACCACUACUGCCAGCGGCUGGGCGAGCUGGAAGCCAGUGUGGGAGAGCUGCGGCGCAGGAGCCGUGAGCUGCACGGGGGCGCGGCGCUGCUGCUGUGGGUGGAGGGGGAAGGGGAGACGGAGGAGGUGGAGGGGGAGAGCCCGGUGGAGGAGGCAGAGGCUGAGGGGAAGAGUGGCGGGGAUGAGGGUGAUGGGCACGAACUGACCUGCGCCCGCCGGACGGAGGCAGUGCGGCGCCGCGGUGCCUCGCUCCUCAACGAGGUCGACGCACAGUAUGGCGCGCUGCAGCGCAAGUACGACCGGCUGCUGCAACGCUGCCAGCGCCCCGGGCACACGAGCAGCCACAAGGCGGUGCAGACCCCCGGCGAGGCCCAGACCGCGCCCUCUUGUGAGGACGGGCAGCCUGAAUACAAGGCCCUCUUCCAGCAGAUCUUCAGCUGCAUCCAGCGCACCAAGGAGGAGAUCAGUGAGGGGCGCUCGCGUUACCGGGCUGUCUGCUGGCGCCAUGCACGGGUAGAGCAGCAGCAGCAGCAGCAGCUACAGUUGGAGGAGUAGGAAGACAAAACACUACCAGUAUUGUUGCAAUAAACCCUGGGACUCCACAGAAUACCUCGCCCUAACUUAUUUUUUUUGCAGAAAAUAAAUUGAUGUCUGUUGGGGAAGGAAGCGCCUAGACUUUGUCAUAUGCGAGCCAGAUGAUCCAUGGGGAUAUAAAUGUGUCUGGAACUCGGGCUGGAGCGUGAAUGGGAAGAGUUUUUUUCCACCCAUAAGGAAACGCACCCCGUGUUUUUUGUUUACUAGAUGCACAUUCUCAACUUUUGGAUUUGAGGAAUAUAAACAAACAAGAUGCUGGGAACACUCAAGAUAGACACAAAGUGCUGGAGUUACUCAGCAUCUAGGGAGAGAAGCGAUGGAUGUUUUGGGUCGAAGUCUACUCGAGCAGGGCAAUAGUGAGGACGAGUUAGUUGUACGUUGCAGGAAAGACGCGUGAAGAUGGAGAAAGUUCAGGGAAUACCUCGGUUGGGGUGUGAGCAGGGUUGUAGUGGGGAUACGUUUUCGGGGUGAAAUGAUGGGUUAAUAUGGGCGAUUGGCAGAUGGGAAUACGAAGAGGAUGCAGUGUAAUGUAGUAAUGUGUGUAAUGGACAAGUUGGGCAGUGUUAGUGGACUGGAAGAAAUGGCUACUGUUACAGGACGCACGGGUGGCGCAGUGGUAGAGUUGCUGCUUUACAGCGCCGGAGACCGAAGUUCAAUCCUGACUAGUGAUGCUGUCUGUACGGAGUUGUACGUUGUCCCUGUGACCACAUGGAUUUUCUCCCACAUUCCACAGCGUACAGGUUUUGUAGGUUAAUUGUCUUCUGUAAAUUGUAAAUAGAGUGUAGGAUAGUGCUAGUGUAUGGGCGAUCGCUGGUUAUCGCAGGCUCGGUGGGCCAAAGGGCUUGUUCUCAUGGUGGAUCUCUAAAGUAAAGGUGGAUAACUUGCAGCAGAAAAGGCCACUUGUUUAGUUUAGAGAUACAGCAUGGAAACGGGCCCUUCAGCCCACCAGGUCUGAGGCCGACCAGCGAUCCCCGCACAUUAACACUAUCCUAAACACACUAGGGACAAUUUUUAUAUUUACCAAGCUAAUUUACCUACAAACCUGUACGUCUUUGGAGUGUGGGAGGAAACCGAAGAUCUCGGAGAAAACCCACGUGGUCACGGGGAGAAUGUACAAACGCUACAGACAGCACCCAUAGACUGUAUUGAACCCGGGUCUCCUGCGCUGGCAGAACUGUAAGGCAGCAACUCUACCGCUGCGCCACCAUGCCGCCCUUCGUGAUACAAGGGAAGUCACCUCCCACUCUGCAAUGCAAGAGCGGGCGUAGGUUUGUAUUCUCCAACUCCAGCUCGGUUGCAUCCUAUCAGAGCCGGCCGUUUCUGCUAUGGAGACGCUUCUCUGACCCUGGUUUCCCCCCCCUCCUGUCAGGCAUCUCCCAUGUCGUGCAUUUGUGUUUUACACGUCUUUGUGUCUUCUCUCCUCAACUGCCCUACUACAGACUGAGUGACAUCCCCACAGCAGUCCUGACCUUGCCCUGUCUCCCACAAUCCCAUCCCUCUUCUCCCUCUCUCUCUACAACCUCAAGCCAACUUUUGUUUCUUUCCUGUCUUUCACCACGGGUCUUCCAUUGGAAAAGCAGUAGUUUCUCUCCACGGAUACUGCCUGACUUGCUGUGCGUUUCCAGCAUCAUGUUUUCCAAGCCAUUAUUUGAUUUAUUGUUGCUACUUGAACAUUUUUUUUUGUAAAUCAGCAUCUGUGGUAUUUUAUUUCCGGAUGAUUACUGCAUUAAAAAAAAGGCCUUGAACCGAAACGUCACCUAUCCAUAUUCUUCAUAAAUGCGAGUCUGUCCAGAGACGACUUGUUCUAUCUAACUGACCAUUGGUUUCCUAGGGUGGUCAUCUGCACUCCCCCCUCAAAACCAGAAGGCCUAGGUGUGUGUGUGAGGAAGGGGUUGUGGGGUGUGUGCUGCCAGAGCAGGGGAGCUGGUCUCAGUGAGCGCUGCCUCCCCUCCUGGGCCAUUUGGAAGGACCCUGUCAUGGUCAUGUUGGUUUCAGAGUGGCAAAGGCUCAGUCCGCUGAUGGGCAACAUUCUGGCUGUGUUGUCGACGGGGUUCAAUCAGUGCCCCCAGGAACAAGAGGGGAAACAGGCUCUUUGGAGGAAGGGGGUUGGCAGGAAUCCAUCCCCUGAUGACCUGUGCCAAGCACAGGAGGUGUGGGCCACUGUUUGCCAUGUGGUUCUGUGUCAGUCUCGACCCACUCCUGGUCUGAGUGGUGGGCUGAAGGAGCCGACUACCGUCACAACUCUGGGCAGGAGGUCAAGGCCAGCAGAUUCCAGUGUGUACCUGUAAUCCUCUCCUGACCGACAAAGGAAAUUGUUCCUGCUCUGUGUUAUAAUGUUUUAAUAAACAGUUGUUCAGAGUC